UGUCACAACCUCCUCAUUCAUUCACUCACACCCUCCCUAUCCACCUAGUCAUAGCUCACUCCAACUCUUAACUUCCCCUCUAUCAAGUACCAUUUCUUGCUUCAAUAGCAGCAAUGGAUCUCAAUGUUAAUAUGAUGGUGGUGGCAAUGCUGGUUAUGGUUCUUGGUUUGUGGGGUGGUUGGGUUGGAGCUGCACCACAAGUACCCUGCUACUUCAUUUUUGGUGACUCUUUGGUGGACAAUGGGAACAACAAUGCGCUCAGAUCUUUGGCUAGAGCAGAUUACAUGCCUUAUGGGAUUGACUUCCCUGGUGGACCUUCUGGAAGGUUUUCCAAUGGGAAAACUACUGUUGAUGUAAUUGCGGAACUUUUGGGAUUUGAUGAUUUCAUACCACCCUAUGUAUCAACAAGCGGGGAUGACAUACUCAGAGGAGUCAAUUUCGCAUCUGCAGCUGCUGGAAUUAGAGAGGAAACUGGGCAGCAACUGGGAGGGAGAAUUAGCUUUAGUGGGCAGGUGCAAAAUUACCAAAGCACAGUGUCCCAGGUGGUGAAUAUACUAGGAAAUGAGGAUCAAGCUGCAAAUUACUUGAGCAAGUGCAUUUACUCAAUUGGAUUGGGUAGCAAUGAUUACCUAAACAACUAUUUCAUGCCUCAAUUCUAUUCCACCAGCAGGCAGUACACAACAGAUCAGUAUGCUGAUGUUCUUAUUCAAGCAUAUACUGAACAACUUCAGACUCUGUAUAAUUUUGGAGCAAGGAAAAUGGUGCUAUUUGGGAUUGGUCAAAUAGGUUGCAGCCCAAAUGAAUUGGCCCAACGCAGCCAAGAUGGAAGAACAUGUGUGUCAGAUAUCAAUGAUGCUAACCAAAUAUUCAACAACAAAUUGAAGUCAGUUGUUGAUCAAUUUAACAAUCAGUUGCCAGAUGCAAGAGUCAUCUACAUAAAUGCUUAUGGUAUCUUUCAAGAUAUUAUAGCCAACCCUGCAACCUAUGGUUUCAGUAAUACAAAUGAAGGGUGUUGUGGGGUAGGAAGGAACAAUGGUCAAAUCACAUGUCUGCCAAUGCAAACCCCAUGCGAGAACAGGAGGGAGUACUUGUUUUGGGAUGCUUUUCAUCCUAGUGAGGCUGGGAAUGUUGUUAUUGCACAGAGAGCUUACAGUGCUCAAUCUCCAUCUGAUGCUUAUCCUAUUGAUAUUAAACGCUUAGCUCAGAUCUGAUCAGAUCUGUGAACAGACAUGCAUGGAUGGAUCUAGUGGCUUCAAAGCUGUGUGCUACAUCCACAUGCACUUAAAUGUUCUUGGAAUGUGUUGUUUCUCUUGAGGCAUAAGUCUUAGAAGUUUCUUUCUUUUUGUUACCUAUUCAUUUGCUAAAUGUUUAUGGAUUCAAAGACAUAAGUACAAGUGUAAUAGUAGUUUGUGUUGAAGUUUUGGAAGUUUGCACAUUGAUUGUGAUAUAUAGCACCUUGUUGGCUGAGUGAGUGAGUGAGUGAGAACAAAGCAAAUUAUUAAUGACAUGUAGGACCUAUUUAAUCAUGAGUUGAGUAAAACAA